AUGGCCGAUAGGGUGAAUGCGAACGAGGACGACGAAGCACGCCGAAAUGAAAUAAAAGCUAUGGUUGUGGAAGAAGUAAUGAAAGCAGUUGAGGCUACUAUUCCCCGACUAGCUCAAGAAGUCGAAGGGCAAGUAUUGGAAAUAAUUAAUACCUCGGUAACUACCAAGGUGGAAGAAUUGAAAGAAAUGAUUAGCAAAUUGCAAGUGAAGAAAAGCUUUCGGCGAUGCACAUACAAGGAGUUCAUGGCAUGCAACCCUUUACCAUACAAAGGGGAAGUUGAUCCGAUAGCUUGUCAAAGGUGGAUUUCCAGUACCGAGGCAGUAUUUACACGAAGUAGAUGUGAAGCGGAGGAUCAAGUAAUGUUUGCCACGGGCCUUCUACAACUUCGAGCAAAAGAUUGGUGGGACGCAUACUCGAAAGAAUUGGGGGAUGAUAAGGUGCAAUCGUUAACAUGGCAAGAAUUCAAGGAGUCAUUUCUGAAAUACUAUAGUCCACAAUCCGCAAUUGAUAAGAUUCAGGAAGACUUCUUACGUCUCAGACAAAAGGACGAAACGAUUGAUGAGAUAACAAACAAAUUCCUUGAAAGGGUGAAGUUCUGUGAGGAGAUAGCGGGGACUGAAAGGCAAAGGAUUGUACGUUACCAUGCAAUGUUAAAGGCUGAAUAUCGGGAAUUUAUAAACCCCUCUAAGUGUGCGACGUUAAAUGAACUAAUUGAAUGGGCAAGAGACAGAGAAAUUGAGAUAAAAAGGCAGGUUGAACGAGGAGAGAAAAGGGCAGCGGAGAAGCCUACCAACGCAAACCCAUCGAAAAAGGCAAGGUAUCAAGACCAAAGCAAGAAAGGGAAAGCAAGUGGUGAAAUUCCGACUUGCAAGACGUGUGGGAAGCAUCAUUCGGGUGAAUGUUUGUCGGGAAAGAAGGGGUGCUACAAAUGUGGGCGAGAAGGACAUCCGUUUUAUAGGUGCCCCGAAAACUCAAAGGCGUGUUACAAUUGCAAUGAACCGGGGCACGUUAAAGCGGAAUGUCCGAAACUCCAACAAGGGGCAAAGAGAGACGGAAAGAAGGACGAGCCCCCCAAGGCUCGCGGAAGGAUGUUUCAGCUAACCUCGGAUGAAGCUAAAGCUAGCCCGGAUGUGGUUUCAGGCACAAAGAAGGAGGAAGGCGCAAGUCACUCAAAGGCACAAUCAUCACAAGAUCACGAGUCUACAAAUGUUCGAACAAAGAACAGUAAUAAUAGAAGAUUAACAGGCUCAAUCAUGAGAGCUAUGCAUUUGAGUGAGAGAGAUAUGAUCGCAAAUAUAAAGGAGAGAGAUAAAUUGAAAUUUGAAUGUGGAGCCAAAUUCAUAUAUGUUAGUUAUAGGGAGCCAGAUUCAUAUGUUAAAUUUGGAUCCAGUGUUUUAAAUUUUGAAUAUGGACAGAGGUUUGAAGCGUUUUUAUAA